AUGCAUUGCAAAUCAAUACUUGUUCUUCUCAGUUGUUUCUUCCUGUCAGUAUUCUGCUACCAUUCUCUAAGUGACUUUUGCCACAACUUUUCCUUAAAUCAAACAUGCCAGGGUGCCAAAAACUACACUCGUGAAGCUGCUGAAUUUCAGUUGGAAGAAAAAAAUUACACUAGUGUUGUGAUACAACCCAGAAGACGUGUCAAUGUGAACAGUGAUUCGACUUUAACUACCUCUGGGAUAUCAUGGUACUCCAAAAUUCCUCUGCUGCCGGUUUUUUUCGCAUCUUCUCCGACUAUUCCCGAGGGAAAUUGCAAAAGACACGCGCUUCGGUAUCUUGAGGAGUUACGAAAUGGAACCCUUUGGGCUGUUCAAAUGUUUGAUGCAUCAACAAAGUACCCUGAUGGAAUAAUAACUGGUAACACAAGACAUUUCGGUAAUUUUGAUGGAUGUUAUGAUUUAAAAACAAGUAUUCCAAGAUACAAAUUUGACAUUGAAACCGAAGAUGAAGAAAUAAAUGGAAGAUACUGCCUGGUGAAGGUCGAGUAUCAUAAAAUGAGUAAUUUUAGUGAUCGCAAAGAUCCUCAUACAUUAGAAUUUGAUACCAAUGACUCGGUAUGGGAGGCUAUCAAGGAAAAAGGAGAUUUCCGUCGAGUGAAGAGAUACAUCCUUGAGCUGGCCCUUUGUGUGCCCGAUUCCUGUGGCACAGUGGACAUUAAGCAAGCGCUGGCCGAGCCACUGAAAGAAAUUGGCCUAGAAAACGACAUCUUCAUUGAUAUCACCAUGAAGGGAAACUGUCAAGCGCAGAAUGACAAAGCUAAAUUGUCGACUGUUGCCAAAAUUUAUUGUUACACUAUCCUGAGUUUAGUAUUGCUAGUCAUUGCAAGUACAUGGUACGAAAGUACCAUGAAAAGCGAUAAUGAAAAAGACAAUUUCAUGCUGUUAGAUUUGUUCCUUUGCUUUUCCGCUCGUCGUAAUUACAAAAGUAUUGCAAAAACAACGUACAGUCAUCCAGGACUUGAUAGUAUUCAUAUUUUUCGUGUGAUGUUCAUGAUUAUGGUUAUAUAUGGCCAUAGGUCAAUGCAGUACUAUACCAAUCCAACAAUGAAUUCACAUGCUUUGGAAUUCUCUUAUACCUUACCAAUUUCAAUUUUUUUGUACAACGGACCGAUAAUUGUUGAGGCAUUCUUCGGGUUCGGUGGAUUGCUGCUCGCUUAUUACGUCCUCAUGGAGUUGGAUAAGAAAGGUAAAAUCGAUUUUAUCAAGGCGAUUGUCUUUCGAUAUAUAAGAUUAACACCGCCGUAUGCAGUAUUAAUAAUGUUCAUCGCAUUGAUUCUACCCCACCUUGGAUCUGGACCUUACUGGAGUUUGAAAGUUGGAUUAGAGAGCGAGAGCUGUUCAAAUAAUUGGUGGGCGAACCUCUUGUACAUAAACAAUUAUGUUAAUACUGACAAACUGUGCAUGUUCCAAUCCUGGUACCUGUCUACGGAUUACCACUUGUAUAUCUUAUCAUUGUUCACAAUUUAUGCAUUUUGGAAAAUGCCUCGAAGACUUGGAUACGCAUUUUUGGUUAGUAUCAUUUUCAUCGGAUGUCUUAUUCCAUUUUCGCUCACGUAUUUCUACGGUGUCCAACCCAUGUUCAGAGGUUUACCUUUUAUGCAAGAGGUGAGAGAAGAUGACUACUUUAUUAAUCAUUACAUAAAAACUCACGAACGUCUGACUUCUUAUUUCAUUGGAGUUCUUGGUGGUGCUAUUGUUUACGACCACAAGAAGUCAUUGUGGAAACUUCCUAAAGUUACGUCGCAUAUACUAUACUUAUGCUGCUGGAUCAUAGCAGUUUCAUCUCUAUAUUUAGGCUUAAAAUACUACAAUCCAAAUGCACAUCCAUCAAAAUUAGAGACUGCUCUAUACGCAAGCUUAAGUCGGCCUGGAUUCGCCUUUGGAAUGGUUUUAGGAACCAUUGUAUUAUCUGUCGGUGAAGGUUUAGAGAGACUCCAGGGAUUCCAUCAACCAAGCUGGGCCCAACCAAUCAGCAAACUGACUUACGGAGCAUUUUUGGUUCAUAAUAUCAACCAAGUUUAUGACAUCGGCGUCAGAAGAAUUGCGCAGGUCUUCUCGAUUCACAAUAUGGUUUCGGACUUGAUACCUGAUAUAGUGUUGUCGUUCUUCUUUUCGUUUGUUAUUGCACUAGUAAUUGAAGGUCCUUUCAGAAAUAUUGAAAAACGGUUACUUCGUAAAGAAAAGAUACCCAAAGAUCAAGAAAAGUGCAACUAA